CGCACUUGAGAAGAGUGUGUUAGCACAUCUCUGAGGCCAAGAAACCGCGGAUGUUUGCCCUUCAUCUGUCCGUGAGCGAUGAUUGACUGCGGCAUGGCCGUUCGCCCGCUCAACGCGUUGACUCAUGCGCUCAAGCAGCGUCACUCCACAUCCUGGAACACUCGUUCAGCUCGCACCGUUCUUUCUGCGAAAAUCUUCUUUACAAAGCUGCUGCGUAAUGCCAGUCCUUCGCAGAAGUCGCAGCGGAUCUCAACAUGUGAGCUCUCUCGCUCGGUGUGGCUAUCUUGGGCCUUCGCUGCGCCCAGUCACUUGCUCGCCCAUCUGCACUGCCAUCAAUGGCCGCACAGCUAAAUCUUGCCUCUUAACCUUGCUGAAUGACUUGCUGUGGCACACGAAGCGCCUGCUCAUGCAUUGGCCUCGGCACGCGGACCUGUGCUGCGAUUUGCGAGGGUUCGAAAUCGAAUUACGUCGUUGAUAUACCGCUAAGUUGUAGGUGAAUGGUGCUCGUAGAUGAGAUGUAGCUUCUGAUUCAACAUCAGAAAGCAGGAGGAUGAUUCCACACACGGAAGCAUCUAGAUGCUAGCGAGCGUACCACAGACGAGCGUAGAAAAAUCUGUGGCGGAGACGUAGAAUGCCGUGUAGGGAGCAAUCUGCAUUCGUUGAAAAGAGAACUCCCUUCACGGUGAGGCAGCGCGUA